AUGUCCGACCCGGAAGCUGAACAGCGGCAGUUGAAAAGGAGGAUGCUGGAAGAGCAGCUCAGGAUACUAGAUGAUGAAGAAAGACACUCCAGAACGACUAUGUCGAAUACACCAGUGACUGCAUCGGGAUCCUACCCACCUCAAUGGGCAGCAACCAUAAGUAAUCCAUCGUCAUCAAGACACUCGGCGUUAUCGUUAUCGAUAUAUGAUGCUAGUCAUAGUCAACAAGGAUCAAUUAGUGGUAACCUUCACAUACCUUCGAGGGCAUCAUCUUCUUCCUGGACAGAUCUUUCAAACCAAAACCGUAAUCGGCAAUAUCGAUCCCAACCGCAAUCAUCUUCCCAAUCACACAGACCCUCUUCAGUCUCAAGGUCAAAUCAGCAACAACGCGCUCAUACUCAACCUCAAGCUCGCUCAGGACACCUGCAACAGCAGCAGCGGCAUGAUGAUGGACAAUAUCAAAACCAGAACCAGAAUCAACACCAAAGUCAACCUUCACCCUACUCAUCUGGAUCUACUAGGCAUCACUCCUUUAGGGAUUUAGAUCGUUCUUCUACGGGUCCCUCAUCCUCGACAUCACCCCAAUUCUCUUCCGCUCUACCCACACCUCAGAAUGCGACUUUCUCAUCUUCACAGACUGUACCUCUACCGUCCGAAAGGCAAUUGCACGAUUGGCUCAGAGAUUGUAUGGGACAAGUCGAAGGGCUAGAUACGGAUUGGAGGAUCAAUGGGAAACGAGUGGAUAUGUACAAAUUGUUGGCUUCUGUCAUAGGAUCUGGUGGAAGUACAGAGGUAUCAUCAAGAGGAUGGUGGUUUAUGUUAGCGAAAUUACUCAACCUGGCAGAUGAUUUAACGCCACAAACAGUCAAAUCUUCAAUUGCCAAACAACUACAAGAGCUAUUCCUACAGAUGUUGGGCGGAUUAGAGAUACUAUGGGAUAAGACAAAAGGAACGGAAGAGAGAGAAGCGAUACCUCGAUCCCGUGAGAACUCCAAUUUGAGCGGUUCCUCUACCCUACCAACGCCUGUUUCCGCUACGAUGCAACCUGGAAUAUACAGCCAGCAUCAGUCGUCUGCGUUCAGCCGACAUGCUUCAAAUAGAGAAAGAGAGGUACCGUCACCUCAACAGGAACAUCACUAUGUUGAUCCUUCAAAGCUCACCCUACCACCCAAAUCUGCCAAGCUGUUGAGUAGUCAACAAUCCGCGAGAGGAGGGGAGUCGACGAAUGUGCAACAACAAUCUGCUAUAUCCACCUUUAAUGCGAAUUCAGCACACUCCAAUACCGUCAAUUCAGCAAACUAUAAUCCCCGUCACUCUCCUUCAUCCUUCGCUAGACCUACUUCAGUCGCUUCAAAUGGUACUCAACAAUCACCCAGCAUCCCCUCGCAGAUACCAUUGCAUCAGCCUACACCUUCUCACCCACCCCCUCAUAGGUUACCUGACCCCCUGACUUCACAGAAUGAUAGUGGUUCUGAAAGGACUCAGACUUCAUCAUCAUCGCAAUCACACAUCCCUCCUCCCGCCAAAUCGACUUCAACAGACAUGAUCCCUUCUCCAUCACAGCAGUCCUCACGAACGGUGCAGCUGCGAUUUGCCAACAAGUCCUUGGGUGAAUAUCAAGUACCUGACUUAUCCUCUUUCAAAGAAUUGGCAACCUCUAACGUCUUGCCUUUACCCCCGCUCGAACCCGAUAGCAACGUUCAGAAGAUGACUUGGAGCUCGGAUCCGUUGAUUCGGUAUAGUAAGAGAUGUCAUGAACUGGGGCAUUCGGUCAGGAAGCUCAAAGCUGGUCAAGCGUCCAGACAGAUCUCGCCGGAAGAAUUGGUCUUCUGGGCUAAAUUAUUGGUCAUCAUGGCCGGAAAUCCCAGUGUCAUUCCUCCACCUGUUGAUGAUCGACCUCCAUCGAAUCCGCCGCCAACAACCAUGCCCAACCCGGCGAGCUCUUCGAUUACGACUGCAGGUCCUCCUGGGAGUUCCACGAACCCCGUUGCACUUGUACCACCACCGAAUGACCCGAACACGAAUGCUCAUAAUCAGGGCGAUCAAAUGUCCACAUCGAGUCAAAACCCCCAUGCGGUUGGGCAGCCGACCGCUUCCCAAAGCAAAAAGAGGCCUAGGAAAUCGGGCGACGAUACCGCUGGUGGUCACACCGAUACGCCUACAGUGCCAAAGAAGAGGGGCAGGAAACCGGGAGUACCCAAUAGGCCGAAACAGCCAAUAACGAUUACAGUUGAAUCACAGCCAGUACCGCAGUCUACCCAAAUCUCUCCGAAUCAGAACAAUGGCGUACCUCAAGCGCCGCAUUCACAGGCAACACCCUUAUCUCAACCACCUACUGAUAUUGUCUCUGGGACGCAACCAACCCAGAUUCAGAUCGAUCAAGCUUCGGCAGCACUCGCUUUCAUUGGCCCUGCCAAACGUGUUCCUGCCAAACGCGGUCGACCCAAGGGAUCGAAAACAGUGAAUCGUAAAUCCUUGCCAAAACAAUCGGAUGGACAGGAACGACCACAGUCAGAUGCCAACAUCGAUCCAACCAUCUUAGUCCUAGCUUCCCAACCGGAAUCUAUCCCUUCGUACUCACAGUACGACAGUCUCGCUCAAUUGUCACAACCGCCUGCAAGCUUUCAAGAUCUUUUCAGAGCUGAACAUGAGAAUGAAGGAUUCCACCCUUCUCUAUUUGCUGGACUUGCAGAAGCGAGACCUUCGGCAUCGGCUCCUGCUUCUACUCUUCCAUUUUCUACCCCGUCACGACCUGAUCAAGAUCCAUCGCAAGCUUUGGAAACCAACAGUGUCAGUGAUGGUUCGAAUAGGAAACCUCUGACUGCUGAACAAAGAGCUGAUAAAUCCGCGAAAGAGAAAGCUAGACGCCAGAGGCUGAAAGCGAUUCAAGGUAUAUUGGCACCACCUAUGAAAUAUAAGAAGCCUCCUAUCGAUCCUAGAACUAGAAUACCACUGGUACCGAAUUUAUCACCUAAGCGAAGGAUCGAUCUUUCUUCGCCUGAUAGAGCUAGUUCCGCGCAAAUUCGUGCUCAGGAUAUGGGACCUACGAGGAUCUUAGGCAGAACAGCCUCUGCUCUAUCGAACGAAUUAUCUGCUGGAUCUGCUUCCCAAGUCGAAAAGACACAGAAGUAUAAGAAGAAACAAAUUGUCGCUCAUGAUGACAGAGCAACGGGAAAAUUUUCACAAGCGAUAGCAGCGAAUAUCGAUAUUAUGAAUAUCGAUCCUAAAUUCACGCAAGAUGAUGGGUAUGAACCUUCUCCAGCACAAGUUCUGGAACUCGCCAGGGCCCUGGUAGAUAGUAUUGACCCUAUUCCUGAUACUCAGGUUGAAGGUGAAGAAGAAUUGCAUGGAGCCAACGAUGUUGAUGCGGAAGGUGAAGCUGGUUCUGAGAUACCUCAUUCGCGAAUAAUGCAAAGUAAGAAGAAGAAGAGAGCAAGACCCAGAAAGGAAAAGAAAAUGGUUAGUGUGGGUCAAUCGCAACAAGGAUCUACCGUACUUUCCACAUCCGCACGAAAGAGCAUUCUAGUUGUUGAAGUCCCGUCAUCGAAGAAGACUGCUAGAGUGAAAUUCGAUGAAGAAGUUGACGGAGAUGAACUGGAUCCGGAAGCGGAGAUUGAGGCCAUUCAGGAUCAAAGGGAGGAAUCACCAGAAUAUGAACCUUCUCCUGAACUCGAGGAUGACGGUGAAGGUGAACAAGACAUCGAAGAGAUCGAGGACGAAGAUGAAGACGAAAAGGGAGGAAGACGAAGUAACCGUAAACGUGAUAAUACUACCACCAACAAACCUGUAUUCGCGAAGAUUCCUGGUAAUUCAGGUAGAGGUGAUUCCAGCGUUGUCGGAGCUGCUUCCUCUGCUGCCAAAGCUCGAUGGGAUCGGAUCAAGAGACGAUCUAUUGAACUCAGUCCUUCGACCAGUACGAGAGGAUCGACGAGAGGAACCCCGCAAGCCAGACCUUCUAUCAGACGUUCUGCAAGAGAAAGACGGUCGAGCUCGGUUGUACCUAUACCUGAUUUUCAACCUUGGUCUGGCUCAGCUGGUGGAAGGUCGAAUAGUAGACUCGGCUCGAUCAGGCGUGAAGCUCAACCUAAUCCGUUUACAAAAACAGAUACGAAAUCGCAGAGAAGGGUCAACUCUGUCGUUUUCAGUCCCGAACCUGAGUCUGAAGAGACAUUGGAGCAGCUCGAGGAUGAAGGGGAAGAUGAACUUGAACUUGAAGAAGACCAGGAGGAUGAAGGUGAUGAUGUUGGAUUUGCAAUUGAGAUCGAUUCGCCGAGGAUUGUCAGGAAGAGAGUGGAAAAGAAACGUAAUGUAUCUUCACCUGUGGAUAGGGCUAAGGUCGUUAUACCCAUUUCGAGGAGACGGAGGGAAGAAUUGAUUUCUAGAGGUCAUUAUAACGCUUUCCGAGAUGAUGAUUCCGACGAUGAGAUAUCACUUCCCCGUAGAGCUCAGGUAUCUCUUCGACCAAUGAAAUUGAUCGUUCAGAGAGGUUCACGCACCAUCCGACCAUCAUCCCCUGAACCAAUUCCACUUCGAUUCAUGUUUCGCCCUGGCCCAGCACUGUUAGAACCAUUCGCAUCUAUCUUGACUGAACAUAGUCUAUCUAACAGAGUACAUGAAUAUCCAUGUUUAUGGAAAGGAUGCGAUUCGAUCUUGGCCAGCGAAAAGCUGUUAAAGAGACAUGUUGAGAAUAGACAGCAUGCGAAGCAAGGUAAAGAGGAAGUAUCGACCGAGAGAUGGAGUUGGAAUACUAGGAGAACUACCGAGAGAGAAGUUGUGAAAGGGAAAUGGUUCUAUAGGUGUCAUUGGAAAGGAUGUGAGGAACCUUGUUUCACGUCUGAAGCCGAUCUCAUGCAGCAUCUUUCUGCUAGACAUAUCUCUAAAGUUCUGAAGUGUCCUUAUGAAGACUGCGAGUUGACAUCGUUGAAUGUCUCUCAUCUAUCACGACACGUAAUGAAGCAACACGAUUCACCUUCCGACCGCCCAGUCCCUCUUGCCAACGUCUCCAUACCUCUACCUCCAACAUCACCACCUGCAAAUUCUCUACCAGAGAUGGCUAGAGCAGACGAACUUACCACUCAGCGAGUACUUGGUUCCGCCCAUCGAUCGGCAUUCUACAACGCCAGAGUGAAAGAGAAAGUCGCUUCGCACUGCUUUGCAGGUCCUGAUCCUGUCAUUCACGUCGAACAUCCUCCACACAUGUUGGAGAUUGUUGAUGAUGAAGAUGAUGUGAUUGAUUCGACUGGUAAAGAGAAGAGAAGAAGAGUAGAAGUUGUUGUUGAGAUCCCAUUGAGUAAACGAAGGAGAUUGCCCGAACAGGAGAAAAGAGAUAGGGUAUUGAGAAUGAUGAAUUCCAUCGAUACCGCCACCGUCUUGAGUGCUCAACAAGAUCAACAACACAACAACGAUAAUCAGGAAGAUCAGCCUCAGAGCCACAAUGUCAUUGAUGGUGUCGAUAAUGGGUCGUAUUCCCCUUCAUACGCAUAUGAUACGGCACCGACACCAUGGAUCGAAACUGAUGCGUUGAUGAUUGAAGAUGAACUGGUUCUGGGUGCUCCGACACCUGCCCCCUUCCCGAUGUCAUGGAAUGAUCAAGAUGACGAUGAUGAUGAUGAUGUGGAGGAGGAAGAGGAUAGGAAUGAAGCUGGACCAUCAGGUGUAGAAAGGGAUGAUGAAGGUCAAUAUUUACCUCUCUUUCAGAUGCCUGGCGGAGAUGAUGAGGAGGAUGAGCAAGAGGCAAAUGCAGAGUUGCAGGAAGAGGAAGAAGAAGAUGAUGAUGAUUUAUUCAGGGAAUUUGCUGAAGCUGUACAAGCUCAAGCUGAACCUGAGGUCGAAGCUCCUGAAGAUUCAGAAAUUACUCAACAAAAUGGUAUGACUGAAGAUCAACAGGAAAUCGAUAAUGAUACUCCCAGUCGCAUUCAACAUUCUAUUAUCAAGCCCAACAUGUCUACCAGUGUCCUCUUCUCACCCAGCAUAACCACUCCGGCCAUUUCCGCAGCGUCCAAUGCGGUUGCAACUCCGGUACCACAGCGAAAAGGUCCGAUAUCAUUCCCUUUCCUACCUCAGUCUCGACCUUCUCCAAUACCGAAUAACAUCCCGUCGUCUACAGGUGUAGGCACCAACAGUCCAUUGAGAUUUGGCUUCGCAGAGAGAUUCGUAGCUACUGGAUUACCCUCGACUUUCAAUGUUCAAGAUGAACCGCCUACGGCUACGUCUGCGGUCAGAACUUCCGGUUCUUCAUCGAAAAUACUGCUUUAG